AAGUUGUUACACAGUUAUAUCACCGCAACAAGAGCUCGACAGAAUCAUUUUAUUUACUUAAACAAGUAAACCGCGUCAACGGCCGUCGAGGGCAAUUCAGAAAAUAGUAGUCAGACAUGUUUGGUUCAGUAGUGGUAGGCAUCGGGACGGCAGGCUUUGUGAGGAUCAGGGACAUGCUAGCCCCUCUGCCUUCCAGUGCAGCUGAGAAGCUCAGUGUCAAAGGCUUCAUAUCCAGGAGGAACCUAGAGGAGCAGCAGGGAGUGAAACAGAUCACUAUCGAGGAUGCCCUGAGGAGAGAUGACAUAAAGGUGGCCUUCGUCUGCACUGAAAAUGCUGCCCAUGAGGAAAACAUCAGGACAUUUCUGGAAGCUGGGAAGCAUGUCUGUGUGGAAUAUCCUAUGGCCAUGACACACAAGACUGCCGUGGACCUCUGGGACCUGGCUCAGGAAAAAGGAGUGGUCCUGCAUGAGGAGCACAUAGAACUCCUGACAGCUGACUUUAAGCAGCUGAAGAAGGACAUAGCAGGGAAAAAGCUGGAGGAAGGAUCCCUUCACUUCACAGGAGGUCCUAAGAAGCCAGGCUUUGGGUUUCCAGCUUUCAGUGGCAUCGCCCGGCUCACCUGGCUGGUGGAUCUGUUUGGAGAGCUGUCUGUCACUGCUGCCAGCAUGGAGGAAGACCAGGAGAACAAGUACAUGAAGAUGACCACUCAACUCAUGACUAAAGAGCAGAAGCCUCUCACGUGGAUUGAGGAGCAGGGUCCUGGCCUGCCCAGAGCAAAGAAUAUCAACUUCCGCUUUGACUCAUGCACCAUGACCCAGCUGCCCCCGGUCGCCAGGGAGCCGGUGGGUCUCUUCAUGCAGGACUUGGUGCUCUUCAGUCAGAAGCUGCUGGGCCAGGUGCCCCGUGACCAGCUCCAUGCCGAGCGCCGCAGGGUCCUCCACUGUCUGGAGCUGGCCGACCGCAUCCAGCAGCUGAGCCAGCAAGGCCAGGGAUCAGCCCAGGAUGCCUAGAGACCAGCAGCAGGGGCCAAACCUAAGCCUACUGGUAGAUGUCCAAGCGCACAAGAUCCGGCCAUAAGCCAUAAAUAAGCCUUCUACAGUACAGCUACUGUAACAUGCUGUACUGCUGACAGACGCGCUCGGAACGUCUUUGAAAUGUUAACGGAUUUCAUUAAUAAAUGAGGGUAAGGAGAUGUGCAAUGCAUUUCAGAAACAAAUAGGUCUCUAAGGCAUGUCAGCUUAUUAUAUUAGGGUUAGGCUAUUACUCACAACAGACCUCAUAUGUACUACAUCUUAACAUUGAUGAAAGGUCAGUUAAUAGUUUGUUUGCAUUGUGUUACUUAUUCAAGUUAAUCUACAUUACAUGUGCUAUAACAUUCCUGUGGUUGAACACAGCUCAUGAUGCUUUAUCAUUAGCUGGUGGUGCUUUUAUAUGGUCAUUACUUAUUUAUCUCAUGACAUUUAUUGAUUUACGUUGUUUAGCUACCGUGCACUCAGAAGUGGAAAGCAAAACUGUGUCAUACUGAUCCUUGCAUGUUCAAAUCAUUAACGCUCUACAAUAGGUGUUUGCCUGAUACCUGAGGUAAAUAUUGCACUGAUUAAUAUUUAGAUUGCUCUGGCAGGUGAAAGGGUGUUAUUUACAUCGCAACUUCAACGUUGUCAAAAUGUUGUUAGUAGACUGCAAUUGACACUCAUCUGUUUAUUUAAAGUAUUAUUUGAUUGUUCAUUCCUUGUUGAGGGAGUGUAUUACCAUGUGUUGACAACUUGACACAGUGUUGCUUUAUUCCUAUUUAUUCAACAAUAAAAGGCUGUUUUCAUUUACAAAGCAGUGACACCACGGCUGAAAACACUUCCCUGGUUUUAGCACUAAAUAAUUCACUAGCUUGUUCUUGCAACGCGCUUCCCUUCCCUUUUCUCUCUGUUUCAAAACUACUUCUGCAUGGCGAUGAAACUUAAAAGACUAAAUCUUUUAUGCGUAUGUUUGAAAACUUAAGGUUGCAAUUCGAUGGUAGCACAAGUCUUCCUGUUUUUUGUCUCUCCAGUGACUGUCCCUCUGAAUGGGGCCACAACAGAAACCACUAUUUCAAGGGUCUCCAAAUUAGGUGUUGACCAUACAAUAUAAUAGUGAGUGUUCUAUUUAAUUCCGGGAUGCUGACAGACUGAAUUUGUGCCUUAUUGGCCUGCUCAGUUCCCUCUCCAUUGUUAACCAUCCAUGUCAGUCCCAUCUAAUGAUGUAUAUGUCUAUGGUUCCAUCCCAUGUCACACAAGUACACACUACCCAGUGCGGUUUGGACACUUUUAACUGGGUGUCACUGUAGUGUUAUUAGCAAUUUGUAGGGAGAGAAAAUAACAUUCUUUAUCAGUUUAAGAGGGAGAAUUGUACUGUUUUAUUGGAUUAUAAUGCCUGAAUGUUGACAUGUUUUGAGUGUAUUGUAACUGUAUAGUUUGCUAUGAGAUUCAUAAUUAUCUGUUUUCCAUAUUAAUAGGCUAUUAAUAAAGUGUGCCUGAUUGAUCAUC